GGUUGCAGCGGCCCAGAAAGGAAGUACAGGAGGAGGGCACAUGAGUUCCCUGCCUGGCGUGGCAGCAUCUGCUUGGUAAGCAGGUGCUGAGAAAAGCAGAGCUUUGCAGCUUGAAACAGUGGCUGCCCAUUGGCAGUUGAGUGGUUGAAUAGUGCCAGGACCUGCGUCCAGGGAAUCUUCGUGGCACUUUGCUGUUUCCCUGAGUCCCGCCCCAACCUGGGCACAGUUCCCUGGCAGUACCUAGACAGCCCAGGCUUCCUUGCCAACUACUACUGACUUGUGGCCCUGGCAGUGAAUUCUGCCCAAGGGCAGAGCCAAGUUGAGGAACAUCAAGACAGGAUCAUGAAUAACCCUCUCUGUCAUUCUUACCAGUGUCAGAAUUAGCCACAGGCCUGUUUGACUGUGGGACAAGUUGGUUCCUGUGACAAUGGCAGUGAAGAGCCAGCAAACCCUGUUAUCCCCUCUGGUCUCUGGCUGGAGAACAGAUACAACUUUUUAAAGAGGAGUCCCUGGGAGCAUGUGCUAAUGGGAGGACAGUAAAUGAAGUCCUCCCAGAGGCUCUCCCUGUAAAAGAGGGCAGGGCCUGAGCCAUGUGGCCAAUCAGAGCUCAUUUUGUAGGACUUUGGCUUGUGCAGAUAAUCCUGUAGCUGCAUUUGGCAUUCCUAGGACAAAGUCCAAACCCUGAUAGGACGGCCAUGCUGUCUUGGUGGGUAUUGCAGAGGUCAGCCUGUUCAGAGGCCCUUGCCUAAGGCAGCAACCCAGGUGUGGGCACGCUGGCAUCAUCCUCAGGUGUGGCUUCAGGUAAGCUAGUUAGCAAACGCUGUGGCUGUGGCUUGUCUUGUUUGAUGGGGCAGCAGGGUUGAGGUACUCAGGUGGGAGGGAAGAACUCCCUGCUCUGGGCCAGUGCUCAAGGCCUCUCUGUUGACUAGCCCUCUGUCCUGCUGCCCUGCCAUGCCAGCCUGGUUCUCUGGAUUUACAGAAAAUGUUUUUGGGAAAGCUAUGCUAGUGUGGUUUCGGCUUGUCACUUGGGCCUCAUACCCUCCUGGAUGUAUACCACCUGAGAUGUCUCCCCUAUGGCCUGCUAAUGGCUCCCACGUGGAGUUCUUGAGCUAUAGGAUAUCUUGGCCAAAAAGAGCUGAGGGCCGUCAUUCCUGUGGAGGCACUCCACCUGUCUUCAGAGAAUGCUGUUCAGCCAGUUCUCACAGGGUUGAGUCCUCCCCUGAGGUAGAUCUUAGCCUACUUUCUUGAAGGAAGGAUUUGCUUCCUGUCUCCGGGCCAUUUCCUCUGGAGCUGGCCUUCAUAUCAGCUGUCUGUUCGACAGAAUUGCCUCCCAACAGUGGCUGAUUCUUGGCUUCACAUCUGGACCGGCUGCCUCCUGCCCUGCCACACACAUUCUCCUGGGUCUAUGGCCACAGUUGGGGAGUGGUCCUGUGCGCGCUGCACCUUCCUGAACCCUGCCGGCCAACGCCAGUGCUCCAUCUGUGAGGCCCCCCGGCACAAGCCAGAUCUUGACCAGAUCCUGCGGCUCAGCGUAGAGGAGCAGAAAUGGCCCUGUGCACGCUGUACAUUCCGGAACUUUUUAGGCAAAGAGGCUUGCGAAGUGUGUGGCUUUACCCCAGAGCCUGUUCCUGGAGCCCCUCUGCUGCCCAUUAUCAAUGGGGUCGAGCCCAAGCCACCCACCAUUCUGGUGGAGCCAAAGGGCAACUGCAAGGAAGAAGCAGGCCCAGUGCGGACAGCAGGGCUAGUGGCUGUGGAGCCAGCCAGGGGGCAUCCUGAAGAGGAAGUAGAAGAAAAGGAGCAGGAGGACGAAGGGGAAGGGACAGAGCCUGGCAGUGGCUGGGCAUGCCAGCGCUGCACACUGUAUAACACACCAGUGGCCAGCUCUUGUUCUGCCUGUGGGGGACCCCGGAAACUGUCAUUGCCUCGCAUCCCCCCAGAGGCCCUGGUGGUUCCCGAGGUUGUAGCCCCUACUGGCUUUCAUGUUUCUGCUCCAUCCCAGCCUGUCCUUCCUGGGGAAAGUGCUGAGGCUGAUUCUCCUUCUACCAGCCAGGGUCCCGCUUCCACUGACCAGGAGCCCCCCAGGGUACCGCCCUUCAGCCCCUUCUCACCCACCCUACAGAACAACCCUGUGCCCAGAAGCCGCCGGGAGGUCCCCCCUCAGCUUCAGCCACCUGUGCCUGAGGCUGCUCAGCCCUCAACCUCCACAAGCUCCAAAGGGCCCCCACAGGGCCCUGGAAGAGCUGCUGCUGGGGCCUCCCGCCUAGCUGAGCUGCUGUCAGGCAAGGAGCUGCUGUCAGGCAAGCGACUGAGUGUAUUGGAGGAGGAGGCCCCAGAGAGCAGCCCCGCCCGCUGUGAGUCGUGCAGUGAUGUCAUUGACCUGACUGGAGACACUGUGCGCUAUACACCUGCUAGCCCCUCCAGCCCUGACUUCACCACUUGGUCAUGUGCCAGGUGCACACUGAGGAACCCCACAACAGCCGCUAGGUGUUCAGUCUGUGGUGGCUCCAAGCUGCAUGGUUUCCAGGAGCACAGUGAACCCCCUACCCACUGCCCUGACUGUGGUGCCAACAAGCCUGGCCCCUGUGUUGGCUCCUGUGGACGAGCUCCCUCAGCACACAAGGCUGCCCGUCUCUUGCCUGAUCACCUAGGCCAGUGGGCCUGCCCUGCCUGCACCCUGAUCAACACACCUCGGGCCAAGCACUGUGCAGCCUGCCAUACACCACAGCUUCUGGUGACCCAGUGCCGGGGGGCUACUCCCCUGAGGCGCAGGGAAAGUAUGCAUGUGGAGAAGCGGAGGCAGACAGAUGAGGGCGAGGCCAAGGCUCUCUGGGAGAACAUAGUGGCUUUCUGCAGAGAGAAUAGUGUGAACUUUGUGGAUGACAGCUUCCCCCCCGGGCCUGCAUCUGUCGGCUUUCCAGUCGGUGACAGUGUCCAGCAGCGAGUGAAACAGUGGCUGCGGCCCCAUGAAAUCAACUGCUCUGUCUUCAGGGACCACGGCACUCCGUGGUCGGUCUUCCAUACCCUGAGGCCCUCUGAUAUCCUCCAGGGGCUGCUGGGGAACUGCUGGUUCCUGAGUGCAUUGGCAGUACUAGCUGAACGUCCCGACCUCGUGGAGAGGGUGAUGGUCACACGGAGCCUGUGUGCAGAGGGUGCCUACCAGGUGCGGUUGUGCAAGGAUGGCACAUGGACGACAGUGCUGGUGGAUGACAUGCUGCCCUGUGAUGAGGCUGGCUUUCUGCUUUUCUCACAGGCACAGCGGAAGCAGUUGUGGGUGGCCCUCAUUGAGAAGGCACUGGCCAAGCUGCACGGCUCCUACUUUGCCCUUCAGGCAGGGCGUGCCAUUGAAGGUCUGGCCACACUCACUGGUGCCCCCUGUGAGAGUCUGGCAUUGCAGGUCAGCUCCACUAACCCCCGAGAGGAACCUGUUGACACUGACCUCAUCUGGGCCAAAAUGCUGAGUUCUAAGGAGGCUGGGUUCCUCAUGGGUGCCUCUUGUGGGGGAGGUAACAUGAAAGUAGAUGAUGCUGCCUACGAAAGCCUGGGUUUGCGCCCCCGCCAUGCUUACUCCAUCUUGGAUGUUCGUGAUGUUCAGGGCUUCAGGCUCCUGCGACUCCGGAAUCCAUGGGGCCGUUUCUCCUGGAAUGGCAGCUGGUCGGAUGAGUGGCCACACUGGCCAGGGCACCUGCGAGCUGAGCUCAUGCCACAUGGCAGCAGUGAAGGCGUCUUCUGGAUGGAGUACAGUGACUUUAUCAGGUAUUUUGACUCUGUGGACAUCUGCAAGGUACAUUCAGAUUGGCAAGAGGCUCGGGUUCAGGGAUGUUUCCCAAGCACUGCCAGUGGGCCAGUGGGUGUGACAGCACUCACAGUACUGGAACGUGCCUCACUGGAAUUUGCCCUCUUCCAGGAGGGCAGCAGGCGCUCGGAUUCAGUAGACAGCCACCUCCUGGAUCUGUGCAUCCUAGUGUUCCGGGCCACUUUCGGCACUGGUGGCCGCCUGAGCCUGGGCCGCCUCUUGGCCCACAGCAAACGUGCUGUUAAGAAGUUUGUCAACUGUGAUGUCAUGCUGGAGCCGGGCGAGUAUGCUGUGGUGUGCUGUGCCUUCAACCACUGGAACCCUGCUCCACCAGGGCCCCCUGCCCAGGGUAAGGGCCCCAGCCAGAUGAGGCCCACACCCGCCUUUGCACCCUCCGAGUCCCAAAGCCCACCCAUGGGAAAGCUACUGGCUCCCUUAUCCACACCCCCCACAGCCUCCAGCCCCUCAGCAGGGGCCCCCCGAGGGGCCCCCGAGCCACCCGGCCACGUGCUCGCAGUGUACAGCUCCAGGCUGGUCAUGGUGGAGCCGGUGGAGGCGCAGCCAACCACACUGGCCGAUGCCAUCAUCCUGCUCACUGAGAGCCGGGGCGAGCGGCAUGAGGGCCGAGAGGGUAUGACCUGCUACUACCUGACUCAUGGCUGGGCGGGGCUCAUCGUGGUAGUGGAGAACCGACACCCCAAGUCCUACCUGCAUGUGCAAUGUGAUUGCACCGACAGCUUCAAUGUGGUGUCCACACGUGGCAGCCUGCGCACCCAGGACAGUGUACCACCCCUGCACAGGCAGGUCCUGGUGAUCUUGUCCCAGCUGGAGGGCAAUGCUGGAUUCUCUAUCACCCACCGCCUGGCACAUCGCAAGGCAGCCCAGGCCUUCCUCAGUGACUGGACAGCCUCUAGGGGUACCCACAGCCCCCCACUCACUCCUGAUGUGGCCGGCCUACAUGGACCCCGGCCACUGUGACUGCAGUUCCCUAGGGCAGGGGCUGUGUGUAUAUCCACCUGCCUAUCCCCCUACAUGCACUUUAUGAGGGAGACCCCCAAUGGAGGAUGCUUGAACCAGAAUCUCAGGACCCUGCCCAGGGAGCCACCAGCCACAGGGUGCAGCCUCCCCUGGGCCUCUCUCCCCUCCUAUCCCACCCCAAGUACCCUCACUCCCCCGCCAGGCCUCCCAGCUGCCAUGCAGAAUACCUCGAGCCAGGUGGGCUUCAUUCCAGUACGUCUGUCCUGAGCCCUGGGGACAGCUUCAGGUGGCCAAGGCCCAAAUGGGGCUGCCCUUCCUUGUGAAUACGGGGUCACUUCCUAAAGAGAGGCAGCUGAGAUACUUGUUCACAGAACCAAAUCUGGGGGUUUAGAGGCCAUGACCCUGCCUUGAGAGCCUGGGCAACCCUUUGGGGGAGCUCAGAUCUGCUGCUUCUCCCCUUGGUUUUUUCCCAAGCCCAGCUCCCUGCUCUAAUGAUCAGGGUCCUGGUAGCCCUGGCACAUGAGCAGCGCAUUGCAGGAAGCAGAUGCCUGGUGGCCGUCACCCAGGGCUUGGGGACAGCUGCCCCUCCUGCAACACUAUGCAAUUCCUGGAGCACCUGCCAGGAUCAAAGCCAUGAUGGGGCGGCAGGUCGGGAGCCAGGCCCAGCCCUGCUGUCUGGAGAAGCGCUUUGUCCUUAGCAUCCCUGGCCACAGCCAGCCCUGUCCCAUGGCCUCAGUCUGUCCACAAAGAGGGGCACCCCAGUC